UUGGCCACCACCGGCGGCGUCACACACAGGUCCAUUCAUAACAACAUGGCGGAGUCUGGUAUGAGGUCGGCUUUGUUCGUGUGUUUGGGGAAUAUUUGCAGAUCCCCCAUUGCUGAAGCAGUCUUCAGAAAGAUGGCAACAGAAGGCGGUGUUGUUGAUAAGUGGGUCAUAGACAGUGGUGCCACAUCAGACUGGAAUACAGGCAGCGAACCGGACACCCGCGGUCUGGCCUGUCUAAGGAAGCAUGACAUUGAGACGAGCCACAGGGCCCGACAGGUGACCAAGGAAGAUUUCAUGAACUUCGAGUACAUUCUCUGCAUGGAUGAGAGCAAUUUGAGUGACUUGAACCGGAAAGCAAAGUCAGUGAAAAACUCCCGAGCAAAGGUUGAGCUUCUCGGUUCAUAUGACCCUCAGAAGCAGCGCAUCAUCAAAGACCCGUAUUACGGGAGCGAUGAAGACUUUGAGAAGGUGUACGAACAGUGCGUACGCUGCUGCAAAGCUUUUCUGGAGCAGAACUCCUAACAACAUCCAACCUUAAACCAUCUUUGCUGAAUCUGUUGGGUGAACAGAGAAACCAGAGCACUUUGUCUCAGUGUUGUACAUGUUAUACAAAUGUUAUACACAUUGUGUACAUUUAGAAAGAUGACCACGCAGACGCUGUCAUGUUUGUCGACUGUAAAUUCAAAUGAUUUAAUAAAAUGGCUGAGUAAGUACUAA